AUGUGUGAAUUUGUCGCAUCGCGAGCGGAAGAAAUAUUGUCUUGCCUCGAAAUCCUUCGGGCUAGAAAAGUCGAAUUGGCCAAACUCAUCCACGGACUCCCAGAAGGCAAGGUUUGCUUCCGAGCGGACGAGUCAAUCUGCUCUCCUCAAAUGUCUGGCCGAUUGGACAGAGUCUGUGCCUCCAAACUAGCAUGCCUUGAGUCCGAGUCCCGCAGGGUGUGCGCAGGUGCAGACAAAGGUUGA